CCGACAUGUUCGCGGAACUUAAAAGCUUGAAUAUCGUCAAACUGUAGAAACGGGUGUUUGUAGAAUGCGUCGGUCGCUCUUCUGUGCGGUCCUCUGUGUCUCCGUCCUCGUGACUCCAGGGACGUGCUGUCUGUCCAAGGAGUACGAACUACCGGGCGGCUGGUGCUGUCCGAUGUGCCACGAAGGUUCAGUGGUUAAAAGAGACUGCACCCCUCAUUCAGGCACGCGGUGCGUCCCCUGUGUGGACGGGACGUAUAUGAACCAACCCAAUGGGCUGAAUAAGUGCUUCCCCUGCAGCUCCUGUGACCAAGGCCGUGGUCUCUUUGCCAAACAGAACUGCACAUCAACAAGUGACACCGUCUGUGACGUCAUCGCUGGUCACUUCUGCACGGACCCGAUAGAAGAUGAAGAUGAAGAUGAAGAAUGCCGUUCGGCACGCAGACAUUCAGACUGUGAACCUGGUCACAGGGUCAAAGAGCGUGGGACCAGAAGAACUGACACAACGUGUGAACCUUGUCCCGCAGGCAGUUUUUCACCGGAGGGUGUGAAUUGUUCACUUUGGACCACUUGCUCAGAAAACCAAGUGGAGGUCAAAGGAGGAAACCUGACCAGUGACACUGUUUGUGGAGCUGCUUCAGGAGGCCGUCACGGGGAGAAAUCAAAAGAACCAACAGGUGCGGUCCUCUGUGUCUCCGUCCUCGUGACUCCAGGGACGUGUUGUCUGUCCAAGGAGUACGAACUACCGGGCGGCCAGUGCUGUCCGAUGUGCCACGAAGGUUCAGUGGUUAAAAGAGACUGCACCCCUCAGUCAGGCACGCGGUGCGUCCCCUGUGUGGACGGGACGUAUAUGGACCAACCCAAUGGGCUGAAUAAGUGCUUCCCCUGCAGCUCCUGUGACCAAGGCCGUGGUCUCUUUGCCAAACAGAACUGCACAUCAACAAGUGACACCGUCUGUGACGUCAUCGCUGGUCACUUCUGCACGGACCUGAUAGAAGAUAAAGAAUGUCGUUCGGCACGCAAACAUUCAGACUGUGAACCUGGUCACAGGGUCAAAGAGCGUGGGACCAGAAGAACUGACACAACGUGUGAACCUUGUCCCGCAGGCAGUUUUUCACUGGAGGGUGUGAAUUGUUCACUUUGGACCACUUGCUCAGAAAACCAAGUGGAGGUCAAAGGAGGAAACCUGACCAGUGACACUGUUUGUGAAGCUGCUUCAGGACACCUUUACUGGUUAAUACCUGUAGCUGUAGCUGUACCUGUAGUUGUACUUGUAAUGGUACUAAUAGGAACACUGGUUGUCCUCUGGAUCAAAAGGAGAAAUCAAGAGAAGCAACAGUUUCAGGCUGGGCGAGCAGGUUUCCACGGUUACCUCGGCGGAGUCUGGUGGCUGCCUGCUGUCACACCUGUUGUGCAUCUACCAUUGUCAGGAACCCUUCUUAAGGAGCAGCAGGAGCACCAGUCUUCAGCAGAUCGCUUUGCCCUCCGUGUGCCUCGUCCGAGCCUUGUUCCUCCCGAGUCUGAAUGCUUCCUUUCUCAUCUCACCCGCCACAACUCCGGAAAACUCCCUCCAGCCGGUCAAGUCGCUACCUCUCCAUCCAGUGUGGUUUCCACCAGAUCACAUUGCUCCUGCCGCCCGGCCCCUUGUGCUUACCUGUUUUCUCCAGCGUUCCCCCGGCCACGGUUCAGCGCUGCUUAUGGAAAUCCCACUUCUGCUGAAAUAAAAUUAUUUUUUCAUCCACUGAAUCCUGCUGUUGAGUCCUACCUUUGUUUGGGCUGUCACCCCGGGACACAAACAGAAAAGAGACUCAAUUCUGGUUGGCGUAGAUGCCGAAAGGCGUUUGACAGGGUGAAUUGGACUUUCCUAUUCACAGUGUUGGAGAAGUUUGGAUUCAACAAUAAAUCAAUACAGAUUAUUCAAACUCUAUAUCAACGACCUACAGCUAGAAUCAAAAUAAACGGAAGCCUAUCUAACCAGACAGGGAUGCCGUUUGUCACCAUCCCUGUUCCCAUGUUUUAUUGAACCACUGGCUGAAG